AGCGGACCGGGGCGUUGACCGGCCCGUGCGCACCAGCCCCGGCGGUUUAAACCCCUCUGGGACGCCCCCAUCGCCGGCCAGCACCCUCCCAUGUCCCCCUCCCCCUCCGCCGCCCACCUGCUCGCGCUCCUCCACCGCAACGCCGCCUCCCCGGCCGUCGCGCUCCGCCUCUUCCUCCAUCUCUCGUCCCCCUCCUCCCCGCCGCCGCCGGGCUCCACCUCCUUCCUCGCCCGCCUCCUCGCCGCGCGCCCCGACACCCACGCGCUCUUCCCGCGCCUCCUCCGCCACAUCCUCUCCUUUCCCGACCCCUCCCCACACCUGCUCGCGCUGCUCUCCGCCUCGUCCCCCGGCCUCCCGCUCCGCCUCUCCCUUCCUGCCUUCCGCUCCCUCCGCGCGCUCGCGACCGCGCCGCCGCCGCCCACCCCCGUCUACAACCGCCUCAUCCUCGCCGCGCUCUGCGAGUCCUGCCUCGAUCUCGUCGAGGUGCUCUACAAGGACCUGCUCCUCGCCGGCGCCGAGCCGGACGCCUUCACUCGCAACCUCCUGCUCCAGGCGCUCUGUGACGCCGGCCGCAUGGAGCUCGCCCGGAGGGUGUUCGACGCAAUGCCGGCAAGGAACGAGUUCAGCUUUGGGAUCCUGGUGCGCGGGUACUGCCGUGCGGGGAGGAGUUUCGAUGCCCUUGAGGUGCUCGACAGAAUGCCGAGCGUGAACCUGGUGGUGUGCAAUACGGUGGUCGCGGGGUUCUGCCGGGAGGGCCUAGUGGAGGAAGCCGAGACGCUGGUGGAGCGGAUGCGCACCCAGGGGCUUGCGCCGAAUGUGGUCACAUUCAACGCGAGAAUCUCUGCGCUCUGCAAGGCUGGGCGGGUUCUGGAUGCAUACAGGAUAUUCAAGGACAUGCAGGAGGAGUGGGAGCGCGGGCUGCCGAGGCCUGACCAGGUGACGUUUGAUGUGAUGCUGAGUGGCUUCUGCGAAGCUGGGUUGGUUGACGAGGCGAGGGUGCUGGUGGAUAUUAUGAGAUGUGGUGGGUUCCUGAGGAGGGUUGAGAGUUACAACCGCUGGUUGUCGGGAUUGGUGAGGAAUGGGAGGGUCGGGGAGGCGCAGGAGCUGCUGAGGGAGAUGGCGCAUGAGGGAAUCCAACCUAAUAGCUACACAUACAAUAUAAUUGUUGCUGGGUUGUGCAAGGAGGGCAAGGUGUUUGAUGUGAGGAGAGUGGAGGAUUUCGUGAGUAGUGGUGUGAUGACACCCGAUGUUGUGACUUACACUAGUUUGCUCCAUGCUUAUUGCUCAAAGGGCAAUACUGCUGCGGCUAACAGGAUUCUUGAUGAGAUGGCACAGAAGAGGUGUGUGCCGAAUUCGUUUACGUAUAAUGUUCUGCUGCAGAGUCUAUGGAGAGCUGGUAGGACCACAGAGGCUGAGCAGUUGUUAGAGAGGAUGAGUGAGAAAGGAUAUAGUUUGGAUACAGCAAGCUGCAAUAUCAUUGUCGAUGGACUAUGCAGGAAUAGUAAAUUAGAUGUGGCUAUGGGCAUUGUUGAUGGGAUGUGGAAAGAAGGAAGCGCGGCUCUUGGCCGACUGGGGAAUUCGUUCCUUAGUGUAGUUAGUGAUUCUUCCAGCAGCCAAAGAUGUCUUCCUGAUCGAAUCACUUACUCUAUUCUGAUAAAUGCAUUGUGUAAAGAAGGCAGGUUCGAUGAAGCAAAGAAGAAAUUACUUGAGAUGAUAGUGAAAGAUAUUUCUCCUGAUUCAGUUGUUUAUGAUACCUUCAUUCACGGGUAUUGUAAGCACGGAAAGACCUCUUUGGCUAUUAAGGUUCUGAGGGACAUGGAAAAGAAAGGUUGCAACCCAAGCACAAGAACAUACAACUUAUUGAUUCGAGGAUUUGAAGAAAAACAGAAAUCAGAUGAAAUCCUGAAACUGAUGAAUGAAAUGAAGGAGAAGGGGAUUUCUCCUAAUGUACUGACCUACAAUAGCUUGAUAAAGUCCUUUUGUGAACGAGGAAUGGUGAACAAAGCCAUGCCUCUUUUGGAUGAAAUGCUACAGAACGAAAUAGUUCCGAACAUAACUUCUUUUGACUUGUUGAUUAAGGCUUUUUGCAAGAUUACUGAUUUCCCUUCAGCUCAGAUGGUUUGUGAUGCUGCUUUGAGAACAUGUGGGCAGAAGGAAGUGCUCUAUUGUUUAAUGUGCACUGAACUCUCAACUUAUGGUAGAUGGACAGAAGCCAAGAACAUUCUAGAAACAGCACUUGAAAUGAAGAUGUCUGUCCAGAGUUUCCCAUAUAAGCAGAUCAUUGCGGGGCUCUGUGAAGUUGGGGAGGUGGAUCAUGCACAUACCCUACUCAAGUUGUUAAUAGCUAAAGGGCAUUCGUUUGAUCCAGCAGCAUUCAUGCCAGUGAUAGAUGCAUUAAGUGAUAGGGGAAAGAAGCAGGAUGCUGAUAUGCUGUCAGAGAAAAUGAUGGAAAUGGCAGACUGUGAUGAUGGUCUUGCAACUGGUUCUGGUAAGAUUACCCCUGGAAACCGGAAGCAUAAGCGUGACAAGGAUGAUGAAAGUGAUUGGCGUGCUCUUUUGCAUAGAGAUGACAGUGCCCGCACGAUUAUGAAAAUUACCAAGAGAGUGCGGACAGGAUGGGGUCAAAGAGGCAAUGUAUAUGAGCAUAAACAGCAGCAGAAUGAUGACUUUUACGUAUUAGAGAACACUGGCUGAGUUUGUUAUGUGAUCUUAUCAAACUGUUAAGAACUGCAGCAUUAUAUUCUUUGCUACCCUUUCGGACAAAGCUUAUGUUUUAAGUAAUUCUGUCAAGAAAGGCGCGAGGGGGAUUGUAUCCUACAUCUCGUCUAUGUGAUUACUGUUGUGUUCAAUCAUGAACUCUUUAACACUGUUGGGAGCUCAGCUUAUAUCUGGAUUUGCGUGCUAUUCCAAACAUUCGGGUUUCCUUUGAACCGAUGUUAAGAUAUAUGCAGAUUAGUUUAACCGGUUGAGGCCUGAAUGCUAUUGAUCAGAUAUCAAAGCUCUGCAUUGUUCUGAGAUGUGAACUGUUGUGCUUUCAAAAAUGGAUCCGCUGGUGAAUUGAAGCAAAGGUUGGCAAUUAAUGUUGUACACAGCUGCAUACCCCGUUGAUAUUGUGCCAGAUCGGGAACUUGGAGCAGCCUCAAUAAAGCAAGGGACGAGGGGGGCGGAUGAGGUUGCCUGCUUCAGACAUGGACAUCGCCGUCCUCCCAUCUGACAUUCUGGUGGAGGUGACUGCAAACAUCGCGAUGACGUCCUUGACGCCCCAAAGCGAUAUCGUCAACCUCAGGCGAUCGUGCAAGGUGUUCCGCGACGCGACGGCGGCGAGGAAGGUCGGGAGGUGCAUGGCCGUGCACAGGGAGUGGAGGCUGCACUGGUGGGACAAGGCGAGGUUCCUGUUGGUGCUCCGGCGGUGUGCGGCGAGCGGCAAUCCCGAG